GUGAGAUGCAGCUGGAGUCUCUGGUUACACCCUCUCCACCCUCCAAAUGUCGCGCUGCAGGAUGGAGCAUGCAGCUGUGAGAAUCUGACAACAUUUCUCAAGCACAUUCUUCUAUCAUUCUCUUUCGUGCUUGUACUGUGAACCACUUUAAUAACCGACCCAAAGAGAAAAUCUUCACAAUGUCGAAUUGGAGACUUAGAGGCGAUCCCAAAACAAUCGGGGGUGUCAACAUGGUGACAGAAGAGCUGAGGAAUCUUUACUACAAAAGACUGCUGCCGAUAGAGAAGCACUACGCCUUCCAUCACUACCACUCUCCGAGUUACGAGGAUGCGGACUUUGACAACAAACCGAUGGUGUUGGUGAUGGGUCAGUACUCAACAGGAAAGACAACUUUUAUCAGAUAUCUAAUCGAACAAGACUUUCUGGGGAGCCGAGUGGGGCCGGAGCCAACCACGGACUGCUUCACAGCACUCAUGCAUGGAGAGGCGGAAGGAAUCAUACCAGGGAAUGCCCUCACCAUGGAUCCCAAAAAACCAUUUCGCAACCUUGACCCUUUUGGGAAUACUUUUCUAAACAGAUUUCAGUGUGUGCAGAUGCCCAAUCAGGUCCUUGAGAGUAUCACUAUCAUCGAUACACCGGGCAUCUUAACCGCAGCGAGGAAAAAACUUAGUCGAGGUUACGACUUCCCGGCAGUGCUACGCUGGUUUGCCGAGCGUGUGGAUCGGAUCAUCCUGCUGUUCGACGCGCACAAGCUCGAAUUCUCGGAUGAGCUCACUCGGGCCUUUGAGGCUCUGUUUGGCUACGAGGACAAGUUACGUGUGGUUCUGAACAAGGCUGACAGGGUGGACUCGCAGCAGCUUAUGAGAGUAUAUGGCGCCCUCAUGUGGUCAUUGGGAAAAGUGUUCAAAACUCCGGAAAUUUUGCGAGUUUACGUCGGAUCCUUUUGGUCGGAGCCAAGGCAGAUGUGUGACCACUACCAGCUGAUCGACUUUGAGGAGGAGGAUCUGUUAGCCGAUAUUAGAAACCUCCCACACAACGCCGCUGUGAGAAAAUUGAAUGACUUGGUGAAGAGAGCUCGACUCGUGAGGGCUCAUGCACACAUCAUCGGCUAUCUGAAGGAGGAGAUGCCGACUCUUUUUUGCAAAGAGAGCAAGAAGCACAAUCUGAUCUACCAACUUCCCGUCAUUUUCACUAAGAUCCAGCAGCAACACAGAGUUCCAGCGGGAGAUUUCCCAGACUGCACCAAGAUGCAGGAGCAGCUUCUGAGUCAGAACUUCUCAAAGUUCAAGAAACUGAAACCAAGUCUGAUGGCUUCCCUGGACAAACUCCUAAACAAUGACAUUGCUAACCUAGUUCCCUUACUUCAGCAACAAGAACUUCGAAAUAAACCCCUGGCUGGAGUUUUAGAUGGUGAGUUCCUGGGAACGUUCAGGCGUGACCAUUACAAGCGGCAUCCCUUCAAGGAAUUCAAAGAUGGCGAUGACAGUGAACAAGACUCCAUUGAGUGGAUCGUGGAGAAACACAAACCAAAAUACGAUGAGAUCUUCUACAACCUCAGCCCAAAUGAAGGCAAACUUAGCGGAGCCAAAGUCAAAGAAUGGAUGACCACAACACUUUUGCCAAAUUCUGUGCUUGCUCAUAUCUGGAGGUUGUCAGACGUUGAUGCAGAUGGCAUGUUGGACAAUGAGGAGUUUGCGUUAGCUGUGCAUCUUAUUGAAGGAAAACUGGAAGGCCAUUGGCUCCCGCGUGAGCUGCCCUCUCACCUGUUACCUCCCUCGAAACGACUAAAUACGACUGAUGAGGAAUCUAACUAAGACAUCCAGUAUGUACUAAUACAGUACUGUAAUUGUUUUCUUCACUUUGAGCAACACAUCAAAAAUGUGACGUAGCUGCAACAUUUUGUAUCAAUGCUAUAAUUAAAAGACGACUUUACACGUAUCGUGAUAUUUGCUUCCUGAGAGCACUAAAAAAAAAAAA